AACGUGAGUUCUCGCGGGAACCGUAUUCAAAAAUCCCCGGCGCUUACUUAGCAGUGCUGCUGCCGAGUGAAGAGGGAGUUAUUUCUGUGCUGAGGUGGAGUUAGUGUCACGAAUCUGGGAGUCCAGUGCUCUCCGGACAGGCCUCCGGUUGCAGCAGCCAGGAAGCGUGAGGAGAGAGUAGGUUGAGAACAGACAUCAUGGAGGCAGAUAUCACAAAUCUUCGGAACAAACUCAAAGAGUGUGAAGACGAGCGACUGAAAGCUGCACACUAUGGCCUACAGCUCUUGGAGAGGCAGACGGAACUGCAGAGCCAACUGGAUAAAUGUCAUGAAGAAAUGAUGAUCACAGCAGAGGUAGGGUCCAGUAUACUAGUUUACAAGGAAGUACAUCGGAACUAAAAACUUGUUUUGUGUGGUAGCUAUCCUUUCUCAUUUGAAGACCUAAACUGUCCCACCCCAACUGUGUUGAAAAGGAAUUUCCAGUGUUCUUUCCAACAGUUGGUUGCCUCUGAGGUCAGCCUGGUUUCCUUGCUACAUUUACUGCCUGGUGUGGUUCAAUCCAUGCUCUGCGUCAGUGACCUCACUCCUUUAUAGUUCUAAACCUCUGAGUGCUCCAUGGCCUUUCACCAAGCCUUUAGUGUAUUCCAGUGCCUGCCACUGAUGGGCGUCUCAAGCUUGACACAACCACUCUCUGUCUGCUAACUGGAUGUUCACUUGCUUUGGUAAGAAGAUUGGCAUUCUGGAUAGUUGCUUGAGCCUGAAGUCAAGGGGUCCCACAUUUUAUCCAUCAAUAAAUCAAAGGACUUGACUCACAUCUUAGUUAGGUUUCUACUGCUGUGAUGAAACACCAUGACCAAAAGAAGCUUGAGGAGAAACCGUUGAUUUCAUCUAGAGAAGUCAGACCAGGAGCCUGGAGCCAGGAGCUGAUGCAUAGGCCACGGAGGGAUGGAUGCUGCUUACUGGCUUGGCCAGCCUGUUUUUGGACACCACCCACAGUGAGCUGGGCUCUUUUACAUCAAUCAUUAGUGAAUAAAAUGCCUCACAGACUUGCAUACAGAAAUACAACCAAGAGAAGCAUGCCCUUCAAAGAGAAGUGGAGCUCAAGAGUCGGAUGUUAGACAGCCUGAGCUGUGAGUGUGAAGCUCUGAAACAGCAGCAGAAGGCGCAGCUGGAGCAGCUAGAGGUGCAGCUACAUAGGAGCCACCGGCAGGAAGUGAGCGACCUGAAGAACAAGUUAGAAAAUCUGAAAGUGGAAUUGGAUGAAGCAAGGCUUGGCGAGAAGCAGCUGAAGCAGAAGCUGGAUCUGCAGGGGGAACUUCUCGCUCACAAGUCAGAAGAGCUCCGGCUCCUGUCUGAGCAGAGAGUGCUCAGUAGCAUGUCUUCGGAGCUGCUGGCUCUUGAGACUGAGCUGACGGCAGCGGAAGGUGUGAAGAAUGCCCUCAAAGAAGAGGUGAAUGAACUGCAGUACAAACAAGAGCAGCUAGAAUGUCUCAAUACUUCCUUACUGCACCAGGUAGACAGGCUUAAAGAAGAAAAAGAGGAGCGUGAGAGAGAAGCGGUCUCUUACUAUAAUGCCUUGGAGAAAGCUCGUGUAGAGAACCAGGAUCUUCAGGUACAGCUGGGUCACGCACUCCAGCAGGCGGCGGACCCCAAUAGCAAAGGGAACUCGCUGUUCGCAGAGGUGGAGGAUCGAAGGGUGGCAAUGGAACGCCAGCUCAACUUGAUGAAAGACAAAUACCAGUCACUGAAGAAGCAAAAUGCGUUCACCAGAGAUCAGAUGAACAAGAUGAAGUUACAAAUCUCCACAUUGCUGAGGAUGAGGGGCUCGCAGACUGAGUUUGAACAGCAGGAGCGGUUGUUUGCCAUGAUAGAACAGAAGAAUGGUGAAAUAAAACACCUUUUAGGGGAAAUUAAUAAACUGGAGAAAUUUAAGAACUUAUAUGAAAGUAUGGAAUCGAGGCCUUCCACAUCAGACACCGCUUGUGUGCUAGAAGACAGCACCUAUUACUCAGAUCUACUUCAGCUGAAGCUUGAUAAGCUAAACAAAGAAAAUGAAAGCACAAAGGACGAGCUGUCCAUCCAGAGGAUGAAGGCUUUAUUUGAGAGCCAGCGGGCCCUGGAUAUUGAGCGGAAACUGUUUACAAAUGAAAGACACCUGCAGCUCUCAGAAAGUGAAAACAUGAAACUGAGAGCGAAGCUAGAUGAACUCAAGCUGAAGUAUGAACCGGAAGAGAGAAUUGAAGUACCUGUACUCAAAAGGAGGCGCGAGGUGCUGCCAUUGAAUAUAACCACGCCAGAAGAAACAGAAGAAACAGCUGCUGCCAGUGCCACUGAGGAUGGAGUUUCUAGACUCCCACCUCACAGGGAGGAGGAAUCCUGUCUUAAUAGCUUAAAAGAUAACACUGUGCAGUGGAAACAGCCAGCCUCUUCAUGUGUGCAGCCAGCCAGCCUCUCUCCUCAUAAGAACCUGCAUCUGGAUACACAGCCGAAGAAGGAGAAGAAGUGUGUGAAGCUUGUGGAUAGUCCGGCCAACAUUGAGGUCUUACAUGAACAAAGUGGGAAUACCCCCAAUUCUCCCAGGUUAACUGCAGAAUCAAAGCUUCCAACAGAAGUGAAGGAAAGGAUAGAAACUACAAGCAAAUUGGGAAAAGGAGCUUGUAAGAAAUCACACAACAUCAUAUAUGUGUCCUCAAAGUCAGCCCCAGAAACGCAGUGCUCACAGCAGUAGUGAGGCCUGCGCGCUGGGCCACGCUAACCAUCGCUCCUAUGCGUGGGACACCCUUGUGGAGCUUUGCAUAGGUCAGUGCUGAAGCCUGGCGUGCUCGCACCGCUGUGACCAAGACUUCCGAUGUGGCUGUGAUUCUGACCCAUAAGUCCUUAACUGAUGAUCCUUCUCAGAACUGUGGGUCACAGGGAACAGACCAGAUCAGAAGAGAAUGGGAGAAUUUAAACCUACUUGCUGUGUUGGAUGUGGAGUUUGAACAUGGUUAAAUAAUCUGUCAUAAGAACCAAAAAUUAGAAAAUGGAACACUUAAAAUUAUUUAUAAUUUUCUUUGUACAUCGUUUUGCACUUAGAUUUUCCUUGUCUUGUAAAAAUAAUGAAAUUGGCUUGAAAAUAUAUAUUACUACAAAAUGUUUUAAAGUGUGAAGUACCUAUAUUCAUAUGUGUAAUUUAGAUUUUAUGACUCAAACAUCAAUAAUUUUGAAAUUUAAAAUAAAAUUGCAGUAAUUUCUUCUA